GCGAGAUCCAUUGGAGGCCAAGUCAUUUAAGCAGGUACGCACGCCGAUUGCCGGUUCCUCUCCGACAGGACCCUCUGUAUCUUUAGUACCAUACUUCCUCAACAUGCUACAUCUCUUAGACCGCACCAUAUCAAAACUCAACAAACACUUCCUUAACACGACGAUAUUAUUCUAGAGAGACCCUUAUUUCCAUGAUCGAAUUACUUGGAACUCGUUAGCCAUCGCUAAUUCCACGCCCCAAAUCUAUCCCUACUCACUCCUUUUCUAUCCGCGGGGUCAUCUUUUGCCCACCAUGGCGGCUGCUGCUCGGUUGACCUUCUUAAGCCCGCAGGUUCUGCGAGGCCUACGUGCGACGCCCCGAUCUGCCGCUGGCUUUGCUCGACAUAGAGGUACUUUCGCGCGCAGGAGAGGAAAAGCUGUUGAGCCUCAACCCCUAAGGGCAGAUACGACCGCCAAGCUUAAUGCCUCGCACCCACUCACUAGCGAAACUCCUACUCGUCCCGAGCCCGAGAGCAGCACGACACAAGAGUCGGUACAGGCGACGCCAGAUAAGUCAGUGUCGACGAACGAGGCUGCUGCAUCGACGAGCAGUAAGCAACAACCUAAGGAGAACGAGACAUCGAAGGAGGAACAACAAGCCAGAACAGCCCGGGAAGAGGCAAAACAGAGCGGUCCCCUUGAAGCAGUACUGCAUAUAGAACCACCAGAAACAACCAAGAAGACGACGACGACAAGACCAGGGCCGGCCAUGUGCCCACCGCCCUACGUCCACCAUUUCGAUACCUACUCGCUCGUGAAGCAAUUACAAGAAGGGGGCUAUACACAGGAGCAAGCCACAACAUCAAUGAAGGCGAUUCGAACGUUGCUUGCAGAGAAUCUCGACAUAGCGCAGUCAACUCUUGUCAGCAAGAGCGAUGUGGAAAAUGAAACAUACCUUUUCACAGCGGCUUGUUCAGAGUUGAGCACUGAGAUUAAGAAUAACCGACGGCUUGAAGAAGAGCAGCUACGACAACAGCGAACACACCUACAGCACGAGGUCGACAUCUUGACGCAAUCACUCAACCAGGAGGUUCAUACACUCAAUGACAAUGUUCGAGGUUCAUUUAACGAUCGCAAAAUGGCUGUCAGAGAAGAACAGAAAAGCGUCGAGAGCUCUGUAAGGAUCCUUUCCGAUAUCGGCAAGAUUUGGUGACUGACAGUAUCACAGAUUCAACAAAUAAAUUACAAGAUCAGCAUUGUUCUCAGUAGCGAUGCUAAAUCAGAAAUCGAGGCAGUUAGAUGGAUUCUUAUCCGUCGUUCUGUUCUAGGAAUACUGUUCAUGGCUGUUUUGACGCUUGGUACACUUCGAUAUGCCACAUAUGUUAGCCAUGAACGACAAAGAGAAGCAGAUCGUAUCAAGAAAGAAGAGGAAGAGAAGCGAAGAAACGGCGGAAAGCAGGAUCGCGCUACGGAUGCUGAUGCAAUUGCAAUUCUGGCUGCCAACUAAGCACGGGAUAGACAUUCGAAGAGGAGGAGGAGGGGGACAACAUCAACAACAUACAGACGAACGAACACUUUUCCCUUGGGAUUUUUAAUCGAUACCCUAUAGAUUUUCUACUUGGAACUACAACACGGUGUUGUAACAGACAAAAGGCUGCGUCAUGAGGACUUGUGUAAGUUUCAUGAGCUGAUGAGCCUUGGUUAUGAUGGGCUAGGCAUGGAUGGAUACACAUCGUACAUACAAACACGACAUACAAUUGGCUUUGACAAGCUUGUUUUCAUAGACGUAUAUAGACAUUCUGAAUAUUCAAGACCAGAUUGACUCUGUA